GAAGAAGUAUAAGCUUAAGAGGAAGAAACUUUGAAAGAGAAAAAAAUAAGCAUCCAUCCAAACUAGAUAUUGAAUAAGGAAUCUCAAAUGUCUAAGCGCCGCGAGAUUGAUCCAACAGUGGCGAGUAUGAUAAUGAAUAUAGAAGAAACGGCGACUGUGUGGUCUCUGAUCAAGUCCGAUCUCCGGCCUAUCGAAGACGUUGUGGCGGAAUUCAACUCCAAGUUCCCACGCGAUCGUCACUUCGCUGCCUGCUACUCUCUUUCCCUGCUCUUACAGGAUCUGAAGUUGCUACGGAGUACUGAUCGUAUAAUUGCGUUUGCUAUCAUGUCCCAGUGUUAUCCUUCCGAGAAACCGUCUGUAAACCCGUUCGUAUCUGAUAUGAUGAAUGCUGCUUGUAAUGAGCAGGUGGAAAAGCAUGAGAGAGCAUUUAUUCUCCACCUCUUACAAUGGAAUACCUACAACAAAUCUAAAGAGAUUCUCAAACUGUCAGCUGUUGAUUAUAUCAAAACGUUUGAUCCUUCAACUCAUGAUUUUCCGGAGCUUGGAGAGCUGCAACGAGAGUAUGGCGACAAAGCUGGUUCUGGACCAUCUAGUCACGUAGCUGCAGACUAUGCCGUCAAAAAGCUAUUGCAUGAUCCUGAUGUUCCUCGUGGGUGCGAUCCUAACUCUCCAGAGUUUGACGUGCAACCUGGUGGGAAUCCCAAAAUUGGAUGUGGUGAUAGAGAUGAGGCCGUAACUGGAAUAUUGGGAAGUUUGACAACGGGGGGAUUAGCUCCUAGGUGGAUCCGUCCAUGUCCUCCUAGGUACCCAGUUCAUCAGAGCGAGUUGCUGUGGAUUGAUCCUGAUAACAAGCAUGAGCUUAUUUGGGACGAUAAAAUGUGUGCUGACACUAGCAGAGGCUCAACAGUUAGGGACUUACUUGUUAAGGGUUUGAAGGUGACACUUUCACCAACGGAGCAAGAGAACAUCACUACAUCAUUGGCAAAUGACCCAAAGCUCGUUUAUCACUGUGGAAUAACUCCACGGAAGCUGCCGCAAUUAGUAGAGCACAAUCCUCAAAUAGCAGUUGAGAUUCUGACCAAGUUGAUUAACUCUCCGGAGAUUGUUGACUAUUUCGCAGCUCUUGUAAGUAUGGACAUGAGCUUGCACUCGAUGGAAGUUGUGAACAGACUCACAACUGCAGUUGAGCUUUCCAAGGAAUUUAUUCGCGUGUACAUCACUAAUUGCAUAUCGUCUUGUGAGAACGCCAAGCAGCAAGACAAGUACAUGCAGAAUAGGCUUGUUCGACUUGUUUGCGUCUUCUUGCAAAGUUUAAUUCGUAACAACAACAUCGACGUGAAGGAUCUAUUUAUAGAAGUUCAAGCUUUCUGCAUUGACUUUUCACGGAUUCGUGAAGCAGCUGGUCUCUUCAGGCUCUUGAAAACAUUGGAAUGAUUAAUGGACUCUUUCUUCUUCUUCUUCUCACCAUUUUCGUUUCCUUUUUCUUUCUAAUUUUCUUUCUUUUGUAGCUAACUUUUUUAAAACAACUCUCUUUUAUUAGAUAUUUAUGUUCUUUUUUCUUGAGCAAAAGAUUUUUAUGUUCUUAA